AUGAAGACCAGCACGGGUCUGUUAAUUACAAUUGUGGUGCUGUUAGCCAUUGCGACCUUUGUCUCAGCACAGGGACAUUGGGAAGUGGUCGGAUUAACGGGUGUUACUGCAAUGCAUGCUGUUCUAACGGCGCCCAAUAAAGUACUGAUUAUUGACAAAGCCGAACAAAACCCGAAUGCAACCCUGCCAGAUGGUACAACAGGGUGGUCAUGCGAAUAUAGUUUGGACACUAAUACUUAUCGAGUUCUGCCGUUGAAAACCAAUACGUUUUGCUCAGCAGGAGCAUUUCUCGGGAAUGGCACGUUUCUUAGCACUGCCGGAAGCUAUGCCGUCACAGCAAAUAACAUAAAUGCACAGGACGGAUAUACUGGAAUUAGAUUAUUUCAACCGUGUCAAGAUGACAGUUGUUGGUGGAUAGAGUUACCGACGCCAUUAAGUUCGCACAGAUGGUACAAUACUAUGGCUGCUCUGCCAGACGGAAGAGUCAUAGACGUGGGAGGUUCAACGGUAGCAACUGGAGUAAACAGUGCAGCAAAGAACAAUCCGACAUACGAAAUCUACUCUUCUACCGGAACAAGUAAUGCAUCACCGUUACAGUUCUUGGUUGACACCCUCCCAUACAAUCUCUACCCUUUCGUGCACGUCAUCUCUGAUGGUUACUACCAAGGAUAUCUGUUUAUUUUUGCAAACAAACAGUCAGUCAUUUAUGACAUUAAUCAAAACCAAAUUUUCAAAAAGCUUCCCGAUAUCCCUGGUGCAGUACGAUCCUACCCCCUAACCGCGUCCUGUGUGUAUCUCCCUAUGACAUACGAAAACAACUACAAUCCCGAAAUACUCAUUUGUGGAGGACAGACACAAGCAGAUACCGCCAGUCCAGCAGAUAAUACGUGCGGAAGAAUAAAUUUGGGUGAUGUGGAACCGGCCUGGGACAUGGAUGAUUUUGGUGGUCAAGCGAGAUUAAUGAGUGAUUCGGUUAUAUUGCCGGAUGGAACAGUGGUGUUUCUCAAUGGAGCAGCCACUGGAAUUGCCGGAUAUUCCAAGGCAGAUAAUCCAGUAUUCUUUCCAGUGGCCUAUAAUAUGAACGCGCCUAAAGGUCAACGCUGGACACGUUAUGCCGCGACCACCAUUGCAAGAAUGUAUCAUUCGGUCGCAAUGUUGAUUCCUGAUGGAACUAUUUGGGUUGCUGGAAGUAAUCCAAACGACACGCCCAAGUUUGCUGGUGCCGGUUUCCUUACCGAAUACCGCGCAGAGAAAUUUACGCCACCUUAUCUUGAGACCUCAACACCGCGCAUAACGAUAACUUCUUUUGCAGGUUCAACCAAUAUAAACAAAGCUCCAAUAAGUGUUCAGUACAACGCCAAGUACGAGAUCAUUUUCACACUUGCUAAUGGAGCUAAACCGGGUGCUCUCAGUGCAACUCUGAUUCACAAUGGAUUUACGACUCACUCGCAAACAAUGUCGAUAAGAUCCAUUAAAUUGCAAUUGGAUCCGAUGACCACAAAGGCAGAUGGUAGUUACGCGGUUAAUGUGUGGAUGCCGCCAAAUUCGUUCAUUGUGCCGCCCGGCCCACAGUAUGUGUAUCUUUUGAAUGAUGGUGUGCCAGGAAUGAUGGCAGACCAAAACGAUACCAUUGAUAUUACAGACAAUGAUAUUAGAGUUCUCGGCAAUUUCCCUCUUCUCCCGCGAUUACGACGUCUCUUGCUUGCCAAUAAUCGGAUCACACGUAUCGAUCCCCAGCUCGCCGAAUAUCUUCCGAAUCUAAACACGGUGGUUUUGACAAACAAUAACAUUUCCGAGCUGUCGGAACUAGAACCGUUGGGUGGGCUUAGAAAAUUGCAGUAUUUGAGUUUAUUGGAUAAUCCCGUUACAAGAAAAAAGCAUUAUAGAUCGUAUGUCAUUUGGAAAGUGCCAUGUGUAAGAGUAUUGGAUUUUAAACGAGUGCGCAAGGCGGAACGAGAAGAAGCUCAAAAAUUAUUUGUCACAGCAGAUGGAUUGGAAUCAUCACUUGCCAAGUCCAUCUCGGAAACAGCUGCAAAGACAUUCGAACCAGGUGAAGGCAUAAUUCCACCUAUGAAUAAAUCUAAUGUUCCAAUCCAUGGGACGACAACGUCUGAGGAUCAGAACAAGAUCAAGGAAGCAAUAAAGAACGCAAAGACUCUGGAUGAAGUUGCACGUCUUGAAAAGCUUUUACAAUCUGAUCCAUACAUUAAUGAGGAUGCAUUUGUCACAAAUAAAUGCUCUCGUAAUAGAAAUUAA